UAAUUUUUUGUUAUUAUAUUAAAGAUUAACUAUUAAAAUGUCGGGAAAUCUAUCAAUUGUUUUACAUAAAAAGGGUGACCUUAGAUUAGAAGAGGUCGACUAUCCAGGAGAACCCGGACCUAAUGAGGUACAAUUGGAUUCUAAAAUAGUUGGUGUGUGCGGAUCGGACAUUCACUUUUGGAAGGACGGAGGUAUUGACAAGUUUGUUGUGGACAGGCCUACGGUAUUGGGUCACGAAGCUAGCGCUGUGGUAGUGAAAGUCGGUUCCCGUGUCAGCAAUGUCCGUGUAGGCGAUCGGGUGGCCAUCGAGCCGGGCAUAGCUUGUCUUAACUGUCAGGUCUGUAAGGAUGGCAACUAUAAUAUCUGUCCCGACGUCCAGUUUCAAGGAGUGCCUCCAUUGGGCGGUUCGCUUACUCGGCGUUUUAAUUUGACGGCAGCUUUCUGUCAUAAAUUGCCUGAUAAUAUUAGUGAUGCCGAGGGAGCUCUGAUGGAACCGUUAGCUGUAGCCGUGUAUGCCUGUAAAAGAGCUAACCUCAUCAUCGGUUGUGGCUAUAAAGUUAUGGUUACGGGUGCCGGUCCUGUCGGACUAUUGGCCGCUAUGUCGGCCAAGGCGUUGGGUGCUCAAGACGUUUGCAUAUUAGACAUCAAUGAAAGUCGACUAAACUUUGCAAAACAGUUAGGUAUCAGCAAAACAAUACUGAUUGACAGUAAGUCAGAAGUGUCGGAUUUGGCCAAACAGGUGAUCGACAAAUUCGGUGGUCAGUCACCGCAUGUGACACUCGAAUGUUCAGGCGCUGAGAUGAGCAUCAAUCUGGCCAUUCAUGUGACCCGCGAUGGCGGCGAUGUUGUAUUGAUUGGUGUGUCCAACAAUAAGGUCAAUGUUAACAUAUCCAGUGCUGCAGUACGUCAGGUCAACCUAUUGGGUAUCAAACGAUAUCUCAAUACUUUUCCAUUGGCUAUACAUCUGGUGUCGAGCGGGGAGUUAGACAUUAAGCCAUUGAUUACCCAUACGUUCAAACUGGAGGACGGCAUCAAAGCCUUUGAAACGGCAAGAGAUAGUGCUAUCAAUGGUGCCAUUAAAGUGCAUAUUAGAUGCAAUCAAUAAUAAUAAUAAUUAUUAUUA